CAGCGCACAGGAUCUCCCCGUUUCCAAGAGCAAGCUGGUCCAAUAGUGGCGUCGAGGGAGAGCAACGUUUGGUAGUCGGCGCUGAACAUCUUUUUUUAAACCACCCUUACCCACUGUCUGAUCGGAUUUACCCUAAUAAGAUUAUCUGUAUGAUCGGGGGACACAAACCCGCAGUAUGGUCCGGGAAACCAGACACUUAUGGGUGGGGAAUUUACCUGAAAAUGUACGAGAGGAGAAAAUCAUCGAGCACUUCAAACGAUAUGGACGUGUGGAGAGUGUCAAGGUCCUCCCAAAACGUGGAUCGGAGGGCGGAGUGGCAGCCUUUGUGGACUUUGUGGACAUUAAGAGUGCUCAGAAGGCUCACAAUUCAGUCAACAAGAUGGGGGACAGGGACCUGCGUACCGAUUACAAUGAGCCAGGGACUAUCCCAACGGCUGCUCGAGGCCUGGACGAUAGUCUGUCCAUAGCCACUCGUGGGCGGGAUGUUUCGGGGUUCACAAGGGGGGCAGGGGCCUCAGUGUAUGGGCCUCCUGCAUCACUCCACAGCAGAGAGGGACGCUAUGAACGCAGACUAGACGGGGCUUCAGAAAGCCGGGAGCGUGCUUACGAUCACAGUGCCUAUGGACACCACGACCGUGGCAGCGGCAGUAGUUUUGAACGGCAGCGUCAUUAUGAAACAGACUAUUACCGUGACCUGCGCGACCGAGCCCUCGGCGCUGGGGUCGUGAGCGCCGGCUCUUCCAGUGCGAGUGCUGUGGGAGCCUCCUUAGGGGUCCCUGGAGGGGUCGGAGGGACAGGCGGCAGCAGUGUCACUGCUGGAGGAAGUGUGGGCGCAGCCACCGGAGCAGGCAGCGGAGGCCCAGUGUCCGGUGGAGUUGGCUUUUACGGAUCCCGCAGUCGGAGCCCUGGUCGCUUUGAUACGACAGAGACUCGAUAUGAAGCCCGCGCACGUGAUGCUUUCAGUUUGGCAAGUGUGGUGCACCGGGAUCUGUACCGGGAUGAAAGAGGCCGACGGGGAGAAAGGACUUACCGUCACAGCCGCAGCCGGUCUCCGCACACUUCACAGCCCCACGCCGUUUCCCCGCAGAGGCUGGCAGGCCAGGCAGCGGGGCCCACACAUUCCCCGAGCGGCUCUGGUUCCCGAAGCCGCUCCUCCAGCUCGGAUUCAGUGAGCAGCAGCACUAGCAGCAGCAGCGGCAGUGAUUCCAGUAGCAGCUCCAGUGACGAGUCUCCAGCUCGAUCUGUUCAGUCAGCUGCUGUACCAGCACCUUCCUCUCAACCCCUGCCCACCCUGGACAAAGAUGAACCUCGUAAGAGCUUUGGUAUAAAGGUGCAGAACCUCCCUGUCCGUUCAACAGAUACAAGCCUGAAAGAUGGUCUAUUCCAUGAGUUUAAGAAGCAUGGUAAAGUGACAUCUGUGCAGAUUCAUGGUGCCUCUGAAGAACGAUAUGGUCUUGUCUUCUUCCGUCAGCAAGAGGACCAGGAGAAAGCUCUUAGUGCAUCAAAGGGGAAGCUCUUUUUUGGGAUGCAAAUUGAUGUUACUGCUUGGACUGGCCCUGAGACGGAGAGUGAGAAUGAGUUCCGUCCACUGGAUGAACAUGAUGAAUUCCACCCAAAAGCUACCCGAACGCUGUUCAUUGGAAAUUUAGAGAAGACCACAACCUACCAUGACCUGCUUAACAUUUUUCAGCGCUUUGGGGAGAUAGUUGAUAUUGAUAUAAAGAAGGUAAACGGUGCCCCGCAGUAUGCCUUUCUGCAGUACUGUGACAUUGCUAGUGUCUGCAAAGCAAUAAAGAAAAUGGAUGGGGAAUACCUUGGCAACAAUAGGUUAAAGUUGGGAUUUGGUAAAAGUAUGCCCACCACAUGCGUGUGGUUGGAUGGCCUGGCUUCAAACAUUACAGAACAAUACCUCACACGGCACUUUUGCCGCUAUGGACAUGUUGUUAAGGUUGUUUUUGACAGAUUGAAGGGAAUGGCCCUUGUUCUGUAUAAUAAUAUAGAGUGUGCACAGGCAGCAGUGAAGGAAACAAAGGGUUGGAAGAUUGGGGGAAACAAAAUUAAGGUUGACUUUGCUAACUAUGAAAGUCAGAUGGCUUUCUAUCGUUCAAUGCAGGCAUCUGGACAGGACAUCAGAGAUUUUUAUGAUAUUCUGUCAGAACGUCGAGAUGAGCGCAGGCCACCAUAUCAUGAAUUCUCCACUGAGCGGGCAUAUUAUGAAAACGUACGAAACUCCUGAACCUACACAGAGGAUCCACGUCGCAAGUAUCCUGCCAGAAGUCGGGAGUUUUACACAGAGUGGGAACCCUAUGUCACAGACUACUAUGACCCACGAUAUUAUGAAGAGCCCCGUGAAUACAGGGACUACAGAGAUCCUUAUGAGCAAGACAUUCGUAAAUAUAGCUACAUGCAGCGAGAACGUGAUCGGGACAGAGAGCGCUUUGAAACAGAUCGAGAACGUGAUCAUGGACGUAGGACAAUUGAACAUAGCCAAAGUCCAUCUCAUCAACGUCGGCCUGCUAGUCCUGCUGCAUCCCCCUCCCUCUCUGAACGUCUACCUAGUGACUCUGAGCAUCAUGUUUAUAGUCGCUCUUCUGAACGAAGUGGCAGCUGCAGCUCAAUUUCACCCCCACGCUUUGAAAAGCCAGACAGAAUUCGUUUGGAACGGUACAAUAAAAGUGACAAACUUGACAAAGAAAGACUGCUCUUUGAAGCAGAGCGUGGAAGUGCAGUGGAAAAAGAAAGACGUAUUGGGCGCAAGGAUAAAGGAGAGAAGGACAGAACUGAGACAAAGUUAAAGAAGUUAAAAAUGGCAUCUUCUAGCAUUCCAUCGUCUGAGACAGACCCCGAACCUGACAGGGAAGCAAGCCCUGAUGCAGCUCAGCGUAAUUCAAGCAAGUUACUGAUCAAAGAAAAAGAUUCUGGGAAAGGAAGACUAGAUCUUCCACCUUGCGUUGUCCAGCUAACCCGAGUCAAAGAAAAGGAAGGGAAGUUGAGACAUGUAAUCAUUGAGAAACAAAGAGGAAAGGCUGCUGUUGAUCCUGUCAGGUCUCCUCCUGCACCUCCCUCAGCUGACCAGAAGAAUGUGUCCCUACGUAUAGAACCUCAGAAUAGGAGGCCCUUAAACAUGGAAAAAGUUCCCAAAGAUAAAUGUUUGAUUAGUCAGGUGGAGCUUAUCGACAAAGAAGGCAAAGCAAAACAGAAAAUACUUAAGGCUGAUCCUGCGGUUGAUGUUAUCAGCUCCUCUGUGGACACCGAUCGCUUAGCUGCUCGAAAGAGGCGUUUUGAGGACGGCGCUGGAAAAGUAAUCACCUGAAGAAAAUAACCCAGGGAGGAAGAUGAAGGGAGACUUGGAUUGAAGAAACAGGUGAUUGUCAUUUUUCAAAAGCCAUUGGAGGAGGACAGGAAAUUGCCUCAAAUGGAGAUGCUUAAGCGAGAGAACAAAAAUGCUAAGCCAGAGAAACUGGUUAUUUUGAGUACCACAAGCGAAGGACCAGACUCUGAAAUGAGCAGUGAUCUUGGUCACAGCCUAGACAUUCAAUCUCAACUUGGUGACCCAACAGGGGAGGCAACAGAUCCAGUGUCUGAUGAUGGAAACAUAGAAAUGGAAUGCGCAAAAGAACAUCACUCGACUGAAUUUGAAGUACACUCUGCACUGCAUGAUAAAGAGCCAGUAGAUAGUGAAGAAGGCUUACUCUUUGACAUUGAUCACUCACAGAGCUGCAGAAAACAAAUGGAGCAAAACCGUCGUCUCCAACAGCACCUGCAAGAGUGUACCAAAUCAGAUAAAACCGAAACUACACCCAGCACUGUUGCGGAGGACUUUGAUCAUCGCAGUCUUGUACACGAGGUUGGUAAACCCCCCCAGGAUGUCAAUGGAGACUCACCUCCCUUCAAGCGAAAGAACUCUGAGGCAUUUGAUUAUGAUUUCAGCACUAAUGGAGAGAACAGUUUUCAAAGUUCCAAGCAAUUAAUGGAUGAGUCUGAAACAAGAUUUACCUCUGCAUUGGUUGAAAAGGAGAUGCCUGCAGACUCAUUAUAUUUGGUGGCUGAUAACGAGGCAAAAGACUCACCAAAAACAGAAAACAAAGUGAGUUCCCCUUUGUAUGACAUAAAAUCCAAUAUUGCCAAUCCUGUAAUAGAUGCUGAAGUACUCAAGGCUAAGACAUCAUUGCUAGGAGAGGAGGUCUUGUGUAGGGAGAGAAGACAGGAAACAGUAAAAGCCGAAAUGAGCUUUCCUAGCAGUAUUGUGAACCGAGAGAGCAUUAGAAAGCGCCUGGUACGUGAACUGGAGCCUGGAGAGGUGCAAUCAGACUCUGAUGAUGAUGGUGACAUUAGACAUCUGUCACCAAAGUUGGACACUGCUUUUAAAAUAGAACGGAAGAGAAGGCUCUCAGGUUCCCUAGAAAAGAACAAGUUCUAUGAAUUUGCACUGGACAAAACAAUAACACCAGACACAAAAGCCUUGCUUGAGCGUGCUAAGUCUUUGUCUUCUUCAAGAGAAGAUAAUUGGUCUUUCCUUGGCUAUGAGUCAAGGUUUCCAAGUUUUCGGAAUAGCAAUGACAAGGAGAAAAUUGAACCCACACCAAGGCCCAUUCCUUCCUGGUAUAUGAAGAAAAAGAAAAUUAGGUCAGAUUCUGAAGGAAAGCUUGAUGACAAAAAAGACUCCAAGCCAGAGGAACAGGAACGGCAGGAGCUGUUUGCCUCUCGUUUUCUUCACAGCUCUAUAUUUGAGCAGGACUCGAGACGUCUUCGACAUCUUGAACGCAAAGACACUGAUCCAGAGGUUACAAUGGGUAGAGAUAAUGGUAGGACUAUUGUCACUGUGGAAAAAACUGGAGUGGGGGGAACAGACCUUUCACCAGAGCCUAUAGUGCUCUUCCGUAACCGUUUUUUGGAGUUACAGCAGAAAAAAGACAAAGACCAAGAUACAUACACUUCUGACAAAACCUGUAUGGCUGAAAUAGUUGAGAAAAAAAUGGUACCAGAUCAAGAAGUCCAGUCUCCUAAUGAUGUGCAUGCAUUUAAAAUGGGGAGUCCUGCGACAACAGCAUCUCUUUGUUUCCACACCCCCACAGAUGCUAUUAUACAACAAGAUAAGACCACUUCUCCUACUACAUCAACAGAAGUAUCUGUUUUACCAAUAGUAGAUGAACAUUUAGAAGAUUAUCAAACAGCCUCCACUCAACUUUCGAGUCCAAUUAACAGCACUGUAACAGCUGUUACACUAAGCACACCAACUAUAACAAACAAAGAGACCGCUGAAGUAGCGCAUAAUAAAGAAGUCUGUGAACCUAAACAAACAGCUGCAAAAACAUUAGCUGAAGAGCAGAAUCUUGAUGUGAAACCUCCUACUCCUGGUGCCUCCUUAAGUCACAUGGAGCCGGAGUCUGUUCCUGCAGAGUCCGCCUCCACCCUUUCACCUAAGCUUGAAGAUACUAGAGGAAUUCAUAAGAUAGAACUUCCAGAAAAUAAAACAGAGCACCUUGACCAUAAUCCUCUUCAAAAUUUGGAGUCAUCUUUGAAGAUCCAAUUAGCAGUCAGUGAAUCUGAGGUCGAACCGUCACAACCAACACGGAAACAACCAAAAAAUAAAAAAGCUAAAGCAAACCCCACAACAGUAAUAUCUACACUACCAGCUCAACUAGCUAGCACUGAGAAACCAGCUAUCCGAAAGAGUGAACGCAUUGACAGAGAAAAGAUGAAACGAGCCUCAUCACCAAGAGGAGAGACCACAAAAGGCCUAUCUGACUCUAAAAACACGUCCAAAUCUCCUGUUCAUACAACAGAUAUUGAGCAGGCCACUGACAUAAGCUUGCCCCAUGGCAGAACACGACAACGCCGGAAUGUUCGUUCUGUUUAUGCUACACCCCACGAGGAUGAGACACCUCAACAGGCAGGCAAAGAAUUAGCGGAAUCCUCUCGUUCCAUGCGAAAGCGUGUUAUGGAUAAAGAAUCUGUCCAGCAGGAUGUAUUGACUACACCAACUAACACAAGAAGAGGUCGCCCACCCAAAAUUCGCAAAAGAGGGGAUGAUGUGUCUCCAAUGAAGGGGGAGCAGACCAAAAUUUCUGAGGGUGAAGACACUGAUAGCAAAGAGUCUGGAAGCAGUGGUGAAGUUAUGAAGGCUGCAGAGGGAUGGCGCUCUCCUCGCUCUCAAAAGGUACAGUCUGUAGUGAGAGCUGGGCAGAACAGAAAAUCAGCCAAAACAGAGAAACUGCCAGACAGCACAGUGUCCAGUCAUACUGAUGUUUCUGAAACUUUAGAGUCUCACGAUAAAGCAAAAGAUGAAAAUCCCACACAAGUUUCAAAUAUAGUUCCUGGUGCAAAACCACAAAUUGGCUCUAAAAGAGAGAAAGAGCCUAAAUAUUCUGAGAGAAAAUGUAGUGUGGAUCAAGUAGAUGAGAAGUCAGAGAGUGAUUCCAUAGAAAAAGCACUGCCAUCUGAUAAAUGUAUGAAAGGGAAGGUGCCAAGAUUGACACGCAACAGCAAAACAGUUCCUAAUGAUAAUUCGAUCAGUUUGAAAAACCUUGUCAUUAAUCUUAGUGGGGAUGCAGUUAAAGAUGGACUACACUCUGGAGAUGAAGACAGCACACAUUGUCAAGAUUCUGUGAUAAAAAAUGAUGCAGAGGUAUCCAACAUUGGUAAAGAAGAUUCCAGUACUCCAAACCAAUUCAAAGAAGUUGAUGAUCUUAGUACAGAUGAGAGGGAAGAAGCUCUGUCAGAUGUGGAGCCCCCUGCUGAGUCAGAGGCUGACUUGUUUGCCCGUCAGAUGGAGCUUGAAAGGGCAGUGGAAAAUAUUUCUAAACUAGCAGUUGAGCAACCACCGACAUCCUACAAAGAACCAUCUCCUCAACCUCCUGCUGUAUUACAACCUGUUCCAGCAGAACAUGAAGAUGAAACUGAGGUUGAAAAACCUGCCAAUCCUGCAAGUGAAACUGAGCUUGCUGCUGCAAUUGACUCAAUUACUGCAGAGGAUAUUUCUGCCGAUGCAGAUGGAUUUCAGACUCUUCCUACGUACACUACACUCCUUCCCACAUCAGACUCACUAGUUUUGCCUGCAGCAAAUGAGGUUUUGGAACCAGAGACAGACUUGGCAAUAAAGAAUAUUAUAGAUUCUGAGCCAAGUAGUGUUUUGACUUCAGAUUUAAAGUCUUCUGAACCAACAAAUGUUAUUGAAUGUCCACCUUCAGGGAUGCCUAAGAAGGGAGGAAGAGCACGCCCUAAAACACCAAAGAAAUCCAAAGGUCGAAGGAUUUUUGUAAACAAAAGAACAGAUUUGACAGCAGACACAGUGUUUGAAAGUGAAUGUGCUGCAGUUAAACUGCCAGAGUCCAUUCCUGAAGACAUUCAAACUGCCAACCCUAAAGCUGCUACAUCAUCAGCAGCAGCUGCUGUAGUGACUGUUGCUGCUGCAUGUAAACAUGAUGUUGCAUCAGCAGUGACUCUGGACACGCCGAAGGAAGCAGAACAGCCUGCUAUUGACCAGCCUGAACCUCAAGAAUCUGCCUUUCAUUCUGGAAGUAAUAGUUCUUUGUAUGUUAGGUCACCAGAACCAUCUUCAGAACCAAUAGCACCGGCACUUACCCCACCAUUAUCCCGUCUUAGUGCAACGCCAGCUCGUUCAGCAAAGGUACCUCUCACAACCCCAGACUGGAGAAACAGGACAGUGGAGAAAGGAGUACUUCAUAUCCCCCAAGUUUCUGUGGCUACAUCAGUAUCAGCUGUAGCAGUAGGGGGACCGACAGCAAAUCCUCCAAUUCCGCCAGAUACAAAAGCCUCUGAUGUUGAUCCUAGUUCUAGCACCUUGCGAAAGAUUCUAAUGGAGCCAAAAUAUGUAUCUGCUUCAAACAGCAAUGCUGUUCCAAGCACACUGCUCACAACCACAUUGGCAGACCCUCGAAUGUCUCAGAAUGAACAUUCACCUGUUGUGAAGGCCUCACUAACUGAGGAUAGACCCAGCCCUAUAACCCCAGUUACUCCCCAGAUGGUACCUCCUCAGCCACCUCCUCCGCAAACCACUGAUACUCUGCAUAUAUUCAAGGAGAAAAUGGGAAAUUCAGUUAUCUCUUCCACUGCUACAUCAGUCAUAAGUCGGAUUCCACUGCCUUUCGAUUUUGACGACACUCCUCGUAUCUCUUUGAGCAACCGCAGCUCAGCACUCUCUCAGCCCAAGCAGAAAUAUCGUUUAUGUGUGAACGAGAAUAGCAGGUACCAUGGACUCUCAGUGUCAGAUGAAGGACGACCUCCUUCUGAUAACAUAUCCAGUAACGCGGGCUCAGCUCCCGGUUUGAGGGUAAACACAUCAGAGGGUGUGAUGGUACUGAGCUAUUCAGGACAAAAGAGAGAGGGACCUCAGCGAAUUGUUGCCAAAAUUAGUCAGAUCCCACCGGCCAGUGCAGUUGACAUUGAAUUUCAGCAGUCUGUUUCAAAAUCUCAGAUCAAGCAAGAGCCACUUAUACCUCAGCCCUCUACUCCUAAGGGAUCCCAGACUCCCACAAGCCAAGGACAUGCAGGUGCUAUAAUAAGCAGUCAAAGUUUCAAUGCCCAGCCUGUUAUAUCCUCCAUAAAACAGGAAGGUCCCGGUUAUGACAAAUCUGAGUCAUCCUAUCACACCAGUCCCCCAAAUGCCCCACUGAAAACAUUCCAGCAGCCAAGCACCAGUCCUCAGAUCCUGAGAUAUAAUCAGUCCAUGUUGCAGCAACAACACACCAAGAAAGCAUCAGUCACUGAAUCUGUUUCAGUGAAAGCUGAUGUUAAACAACCCCAGGCCUUCAAUCAAAGCCCAGUUCUAAGUUCACAUCCCUCCUCUUUGGCAGGUGGUCACAUUUCAUGUGCUGUUACUCCCAAUGAUAGGUUGGUCUGUCAUCCAAAGCAAGAGUCACACUCUCCAAGGGCAUCAGGCAAUGCAACCUCACCAUUUUCUAAAGUGUGUCCACCUAGUACCUCAGUAGUCUUGGGCCCAAGUGGACAAAUGCCUCAGUAUGUGACAAAUGUACAUCACCCCGAGCAGUCAGUCAUCAUGCCUCCUCAUAAUGCCACACAGUCUGUUGCUGUUGGUCAUUUAUCACAAGGAAGUGUCAGAAUGAAUAGUCCACCACUGUCUGGAAUUAACUUUGGAAUACGCACAGAUUCUGACUCCUCCCCACGAUCUGGUCCUCAACAAUGCUCCACUGCAGCCCAGUCUGCAGUAAUCAGAGAUAUGCUGCUUAAGUCACAUACAGGUCCCCCUGCUGCAGGCCAGGUGGGUGGAGCAAAUGAUGAUGAUGUUCGACACUUCCAUCAGGGAGCUCGAAGGCCACCUGUUCCCCAGUUACAGUCAGAUGUCAUGGUUGUGCAGCCUGAAUACAAAGGAAUGCAUCAUGGUGGAUUGCGUCUAGAUCAGUACAACAGGGAUGUGCGUAUACUUAUGCACCAGCAGUUAAAAGACCACCCAGGAGUUGUUGAAGCCCAUCAGGCACAAACACCAGAACCUCCUAUAGUGUCAUCUUCCUUGCACAUCUCGCCCUCUUCCUCCAAAACUCCCCCGGUUAUAAAGAGUCCUCCACAGGCUUUGAGAGAUGCACCAAAAACAUUGGAGAUGAAGAUGCCAUGCUCUCCUCAUUCAGAGAGUAGAAUAAUCAGUCAUUCUCCUGGUUCUGUGAUCUCUCCUCAAGGAGUACAGCUGAUGCAUCCUGGCAAUACAGGCACAAUACCUGAGUAUUAUAGAGAAAUUCGUGGCUUUCAUUCCCAAUUACCUAGUCAUUCAGUAAUUGGAAUUAAUAUGGCUAAUCGUGGCAUCACUCCAUCUCAGGGUUCUCAAGAGGGUGAAAACAGACCCAAGGUUGCCCAUAUCUCAUCUGGUGGGCCACUUGGUGACCCAAAACUCGACAUCUCGCACGUUAGGCAUCCAGCCAACAUGGAUUUGUCUCGUGUAUCCCGGAUCCAGAGUGAGAUUGCGUCUCCCUCUUACACCUCUCCAACAGCCAUUACAACCAAAUCGGAUGCAUCUCCUUCAGUGAAGAAGGGACCUCAGAGCCUUGUGCCAGGACAACUUUCAUUACCUUCCUCACUGUCAUCCCAGAUACGACCAGAUAUUAAACUCGAUCAUACUGGGCACCCGUCAGUGGACAUGGUGCAGCUGUUGAAGAAAUAUCCUAUUGUAUGGCAAGGCCACUUGGCACUUAAGAAUGAUAGUGCAGCUGUCCAGUUACACUUUGUGUCUGGUAAUAAUGUCCUGGCUCACCGUUCACUGCCACCACCAGAGGGAGGUCCCCCUCUUCGUAUUGCACAGAGAAUGCGUCUCGAGGCCUCUCAGCUUGAGGGAGUUGCAAGGAGGAUGACUGUGGAGAGUGAUUACUGCCUCCUCUUGGCAUUACCCUGUGGACUAGACCAAGAUGAUGUCCUUAACCAGACUCAUGCCCUUAAAACUGGCUUCAUCACGUACCUGCAAGCAAAACAAGCUGCUGGGAUUAUCAAUGUUCCCAACCCAGGCUCCAAUCAGCCUGCCUAUGUUGUCCAGAUUUUCCCUCCCUGUGAGUUUUCUGAGAGCCACCUGUCUCACCUUGCUCCUGACCUUCUCAACAGUAUCUCCAGCAUUUCCCCACAUCUGAUGAUUGUUAUUGCGUCCGUGUAAGACUUGAAAGGGGGAGCCCAUUUCCCCCAAAUAAGCAGUAUCAUUCCACCAGCUGGACAACAUUCAGGAAAAUUCCUCAGUGUUGGAAGGGCUUGGUCCUCCUCGGUCAUACUCAUUCUCCUUCGUUCUUUCACCGGAUCCUUAAUACAUCCUCUGCUUGUUGAUUCCAUUCAACCUUUUAACUCUCAGUCGAGAGCGUGCAGUAGUAAAUGGAGCUGGAUUGGCAAUGAUCAAUUUUCUGAUCAUUCAUUUUACUGUUUUCAUUGUUGAAGUUUUGAAGGUUUGUAUCUGUGUUUUUUUUUUUGUUUUUUUUUUAACACAUUAAAGAUAAGAUCUUUUAUGGUUAAAAAGGCAUGGGACUGAGAAACAGGUUUUUUUUAUUUCUUUGAAAUGACAAUUGUGAUUUAUUUUUUAUUUUUUUAAAAAAAGAUGUAUCAGAUCAGUCAUUGCACUAUAAUAGGGAAAUCAGAAAAAGGAAAUUAAACGUGGACUUUGUACAGAUUUUGAUGGAGAUUACUUUGACAUGCUUCUGCCACCAGCCAUGUGUGAUUAAAGUGGAAAAAAUUGCUGGAGAGAAAACAUUUUGUGAAAUUUAUUUGAGAACUGUUUGAAAACGGUGUAUGAUAAAUAAGUUGUUUAUACUACAUCCACUGUUCUGUCCACCAGUCAGCUAUUUACUUCAUGUCAUUUUUAGAAACAACUCAUUGUAUACUGUUUUUUGCUAAAGGGACUGACUAAAUGGAGUUAUUGUGAGUUAUAGAGUUUACACUUGAUGCCUCAAUAGGUGAUUGUAUGUAAAUGUUUUUUCUUUCUGUUUAAGACUUGAGGUGAUUUGGGAGAAGUUUAACUAUGUAAAUAUUAUAAAUAUUUGAAUACUUUCAAACCAGUCAGGAGACCCUGUGGAUUUCCUGUUACAACAGGAUUACUUAUUGCCAUCAACCAUAAAUGUAAUUUUUAUUAGUGUCACCUGAAUUGCAUUGACGUCUGAAUCAGUUCAGUGCCAAAAUCUUUUGGAAAAAAAAAAUUAAUAAAAAAUUAAACAAUCAGAUCAAUCAGAUAUUAUUUUAAUACUUGACUUUGUAUGCGUCACUGGAUCUUUUAGAGCUCUGCUUUCACUUUGCCUUGUUUUAUAUAUUUGUGGUUCCUACCUCUUUCUCUGUUUCUAUGUUGUCAGACAUGAAGUGCUUUGAGGAUUGUCCUAAUGGGGGGUUCUGUCUUAAGAGACUCCUAAAAGUGUUCUCAACAUUUUAACUUUUUCUUUCCACCUCUAUGUAUCAGCCCUUGGUCUUUUAUCGAGUGUUGAGUUGUGCCAUGUAAUUUUUUGAAAAUGUUUUGUUAAAAAGAAAUCUGUAGAGAAAUGUGUACAAAUCUUUUUUUUCACUAUCUCUGUCUCUCUGAGCCAAGAUGUAAAUACUCAUUUAUUCCAUGUGUGUCCUAUGUUUUCUCUGUUUUCAGGAUUGUUAUUUUGUUUUGUAAAACAAAACAAAGCAGUCUGAAGAACCAGAACCAAGAGAAAAGUGAUGCAGAAAUUAAAUCAUGUGUCUCACUGUUGCAGUUUCAUUAUAUUGACUGCAAAUUGAUUGCUCAUGAGUAUGUUGAUGGCACUUAUAAUUUUGAUAAACGAGUUAAAAUCCAAAUACCAAAAUGCAAAACAGAUAAGAAUUUGUCUCUUUCUUUUUAUUUCAUCAUUUUGAGUGUAUUUCACUGUUCCUCUAUGAGGACAUUUCAAAAUGUAAAAAAAAAAGAAAAAAAAGAAAAAUGUUGGCUAACACUUCUAAAGAUCAUUAAAUGGUCACUCAUUAUCUACA